AUGGCGCCGUCCUCCCUUACCGCCGCCCUUUCACGCCAUGUCUAUCUCUCCCUCCUCCUCCUCCUCCUCUCCUCCCUCCUCUCCUCCUGCGCUGCACCAGCAUGCUCGGCGUUCGUUGUGAGUGGAGUCAGCAAGCUGAACGAUCGGGGGAGGAGCGAAUGUCCCCGCGCAUGCCCUCGAACGGUGAUGGCACCGCUCAUGGCGUCGGGCACGGGAGCUCGCAGAGAGGCCAUGCUCGAGGAGUGGGCGAGAGCCAACGGCAUCUUCUGCAUGCUCAACAUCAAGCGGAUGGCGGACGGAGAAAGGAAAGCUGUUGCAGCCAACGCACUGGCAGGAGGAGAGAGAGUGGUGCGAGUGCCGAGAGAAGUUUCGUUUGUGACCUUCCAAGGAGACGCCUCUCCUCUCCCGCCCUCGUUUGUCGAUCAGGACACCUGGCAGCAGCUGGACGAGCACUGGAACGCGAAGCUUGCGCUGAUGCUGCUCCACGAGAUGCGUCGAGGAGUUCACUGGACGGACGAGGAGCUAGCUGAGCUUCAGAAUCCUCGUCUCGUCGCAGCGGCGUCGGACUCAAAGCGAUCGCAUGCUGGGCUGACGAUCGAGGCGUCAGAGUGGCGUUACUUUGACCGAAUGCAGGCAGCAGGGGAGCAAGAGACUUCCAUGCUCGACCAGGAAACCUUCCAGCGCGACCUCCACCGCCUCCUCUGCGAUCGCAUGACUGCCCCUCCUUCCCUCGCAGAGCUGAGAUGGGCCAUGGACUGCGCUCAGAGUCGCUCGUUCGGCGUGAGCACGACAGAGGGAGUGAAGUGCUUCUGCCUGUGCCCUCUUGCGGACAUGCUCAACCACGACCCCAGCUCUCCUGCUCUCUUCGACUUCGACCCUGCCACCUCCUGCUUCGCCAUUCGAACCUCCAGGGCUUGGUCGGAAGGGGAGGAAGUGACCAUCAGCUACGGGGAGCUGAGUAACGAGGAUCUCCUUCAGUUCUACGGCUUUGUGCUCGACGACAAUAUGCAUGAGUUUGAAAGUUUCGACGUGGAGGAGCUGGGGCUGCUCGUCCCUCGCAAAUUGAUCGGCUCGGAGGCAGACAGGCUCGACCGUCUUUUCCUCCUCUCCUCUCUCUCCUCCGCUGGCCUUCCCGUCCUCUCCCCCGACCACUCGCGGUUGCUGCGCCUGUCUCGGCGAGGCAUCUCACCUCCUCUCAUGGCGGUCGCUCGUGUCCUCUCCCUCAGUCGCGAGACGCUGGCGGCGCAUGAGGGGAGGCUGGAGGAGCUCGCGGGGCGUCUACUGCGAGGAAAGCACGUGUGCUUGGACAACGAGCUGGAGGCAUGGCGGCUCCUCCGCAGAGCCUGCGAGCGACGGUUGGAAGCGAUGCCUACGACAGAGGAGGAGGACGUCCGGAGGCUUGAGGAGACGAAGAGAGCCAAGGGAAGUGAGCAGAUGAAGCUGAGCCUGAGGUAUCGAAUGAGCAGGAAGAGAUUUCUGCGAAGGUCCAUGAUGAUGCUAGACGGAUACAUUUCAAACAGCGAGAGGAUGGGAAUGGUUUGCACUGUCCUCCUCCCUCCAUCGCUCGACGACUUUGUCUUUGACGUCUCCUCCCAUGACCUGAACCCUCCUGCCCGCGACUUGCCUCACCUCAGCGACGCGCGACGUGCAGCAUGGACGGCUUCACUCGGAGACAAGGCAGCAGCUGGCGGUAGCUCCAGCUUCGUGAGCCUCGUCAGCCACGUGCUCUUCGACGCAAACGAGCAGCGCGGCAACAGCAGCUGCCAGAUGGCUGAGGAGGCGAAGGAGGAGCCAGAGGGGAAGAGCGGGAGGAGCAGCUUCGAGAGCCGCAUGGAGGGUAGGAAGGAGCAGAGGAGGCUGAGGAUGAGCAGAAGUAGCCUGACGGAGGGGACAGAAGCGAUGAAAGAAAUGAGCGAAAACUUCUCCCUGAUCGUCGACGUCUCAAACAGUCGGACAGGGGAAGGGGAGGCGGAAGGGGAGGCGGAGGCGGAGGAUGUUUCUUUUGAGACACUCCUACAAGCGGUGAAGGACAGCAGAAAGGGGUGA